AUGAUACUGAUCGAGUUACAAACUCUUGCUAGCGAGAAUAGAGUUGACCUAUUGAAGUACAUUCUCGACCAGAAAGAAGGGCUGAAAUUGGAUUUGGAAUCAAAGAAUGCCAACGGUGAGACAGCAUUGCACACUGCUGCUAGGAAUGGAUGUAAUGAGGCGGUCAAGAUGCUUAUCGACUCUGGUGCCAAUUUGGAUGCAAGAACAAAUAACUCGAUGACUCCAUUACAUCUUGCAGUUAGUUACGCAAUGCAAUCUGGAAAAAACUUGGUCGUGAAAACAUUGGUAGAGUACAAAGCGGAUCGCUGGGCAACAGACAAUAAGGGCAUGACUCCUCUCAAUUAUUUGCUAGCAAGCUUAAAAAAUCAAGAAUUGUUGAGAUUACUCUGCCAAGAUAUCGUUGCAUGUCAAACUAACAAUUAUAUGGGACAAAUUGUCAACGCCAAUCAGAACAAUGUAAAUCAAAUUAACAAAAAAAUGCGCCUUGAAAAUUUGGAAGAAACAAAGAUGGAGGAGUUUGAAGAUGAAUUGUCGAAGAUAGUGGGAUUGUGUAACCUCAAAACGCAGUUCAAGAAAUGGGCGAAGGGAAUGCUCUUGGAUGAGAAGCGUCGAGCCAUGGGGAUAAACCUUGGACCAAGAAAACAACCUCACAUGGUAUUUCUCGGAAAUCCCGGGACAGGCAAAACCACCGUAGCACGAAUCUUAGGCAAACUACUCCAAUCUGUCGGCGUGCUUUCUUCUGAUAAAGUGAUAGAAGUACAAAGAACUGAUUUGGUAGGAGAGUAUAUGGGUCGCACUGGACCCAAGACUAGAAAAAAAGUAUGGACUCAUUUACGAUGA